AUGGACUUGAAUUCAGGUUUUGGUGAUAAAAUUGCUCAAAACUUUGAUGCUAAUACAUUGCCUACGGAUGUUGUGGCUAUAGAAGAUGAUGAUUUUUCUUUGGGAGAAGUUGAUGAUUUGUCUUCGCGUAAAUAUGUAUCUCCAGGUUCUACAACGUAUUGGUUGCCUUGUAUGGUUGAUAGUAAACCUAAUGUUGGAAAAUCAUUUAGGUGUAUAGAUGAGGCUGCGCAUUUUUAUGUUGAUUAUGGUCGUUCUUGUGGAUUUGAUAUUAGGCAUGGUAGUGAAAAGCGAUAUCGAGAUGGACGUAUUCAAUCGAAAUGUUUUCACUGUUCACGAGAAGGCUUUUAUUCUAAAAAUGGUGAGAAGAAUGAUGAUGGCUCAUUUUGUUCAAAACAAAAGAGGAAAAGUAUGUUUACUAGAUGUGGAUGUCCUGCUAUGAUUGUGGUGAAACAUAUGAAGGGUUCAAUAUAUGAGAUUACUUCGUUUAUUGAACAACAUAAUCAUAGGUUUGCUAGUGCUGAUGGUAAGAAGUUUUUGAAGGCAAACCGGUCAAUGACUGUUGCACAUCAAAAUUUUGCAUUUGAUUGUUCAAAAGUCCGAAUAGGUCAUGCUCGUGCGUUUGGUUUAAUGAAAGAGUUUGUUGGAGGGUAUGACCAGAUUGGUGCAACAGUUGUUGAAUUUAAAAAUUGGAAUAGAGACUUGAAGAACAUAAUUGGGAAUGCAGAUGCACAAGUAAUAUUGAAUAAAUUUCAAGCUUUGAAGGAGUCUUCUAAUGGCAGAUUCUACUAUGAACAUGAUGUGGAUGAGUCUGGAAAAUUGACAAAGUUAUUUUGGGCAGAUUGUGUUGGUCGUAGAAACUAUGAUGUGUUUGGUGAUGUUAUUUCAGUAGAUGCCACAUUAGUAUAA